AUGGGGAUCUCCACGGUCAUCUUCCAAAUAUGUCUUUUACUGGGUCCAGUUCUAUCUACAGCAACUGCGUGGUUUGGUCAGGGCUCAGCACAGGUUGUCCUGGACGAUGUGUGCUGCUCAGGAAACAGAUCCUACCUGUGGCACUGCCCCCACAACGCACAUGACUGUGGCCAUGGGGAAGACAUGGGUUUGCCUCUGAGGCUGGUGAGCGGAGGUGACCGGUGUCAGGGCCGCGUGGAGGUCCUGUACCAAGGCUACUGGGGCACCGUGUGUGACGAUGACUGGGACACCCAGGAUGCAGAUGUUGUCUGUCGGCAGCUCGGCUGUGGCCUUGCGGUGUUGGCCCCGGGCGGGGCCUACUUUGGUCAGGGCUCGGGGAACAUUCUCUUGGGCUCCGUAUACUGCUCAGGAUGGGAGCCCUACCUGUCGAGCUGCUCCCACAGUGGGUGGUACAACCAUGAAUGUGGCCACAGGGAAGACGCUGGAGUUGUGUGCUCAGGGACUGAAUUUGGUUUGGUCCUGGGGCUGGUGAGUAGAGGUGACUGGUGUCAGGGCCACGUGGAGGUCCUGUACUGAGGCUCUUGGGGCACUGUGUGUGAUGAUGACUGGGACACCAAUGAUGCCAAUAUAGUCUGUAGGCAGCUGGGCUGUGGCUGGGCCAUGUCAGCCCCAGGAAAUGCCCAGUUUGGUCAAGGCUCAAGGCCAAUUGUCUUGGACAAUGUGCACUGCUCAAGGCAUGAGUCCCACCCGUGGAGCUGCCCCCACAAUGUGAACUCACACAACUGUGGCCAUGGGGAGGAUGCCAGUGUCAUCUGUUCAGGGAGUGAGGCAGGUUUGGCCCUGAGGCUGGUGAAUGGAGGUGACCGGUGUCAGGGCCGCGUGGAGGUCCUGUACCGAGGCUCCUGGGGCACCGUGUGUGACGACGACUGGGACACCAAUGACGCCAACGUGGUGUGCAGGCAACUGGGCUGUGGCUGGGCCGUGUCGGCCCCGGGAAGUGCCCGCUUUGGUCAGGGCUCAGGGCCCAUUGUCCUGGACAACAUGCGCUGCUCCGGGCAUGAGUCCGACCUGUGGCGCUGCCCCCACAACGGCUGGAACUCGCACAACUGUGUCCAUAGUGAGGACGCCAGUGUCAUCUGCUCAGCUGCCCAGUCUCAGCCGACGACCACACCAAGGAACGAAACAGGUUUGUCCCUGAGGCUGGUGAAUGGAAGUGACCAGUGUCAGGGCCGCGUGGAGGUCCUGUACCGAGGCUCCUGGGGCACCGUGUGUGACGACAGCUGGGACACCAAUGACGCCGACGUGGUGUGCAGGCAACUGGGCUGUGGCCGGGCCGUGUCGGCCCCGGGAAGUGCCCGCUUUGGUGAGGGCUCAGGGCCCAUUGUCCUGGACGACGUGCGCUGCUCCGGGCAAGAGUCCUACCUGUGGCGUUGCCCCCACAAUGGCUGGAACUCGCACAACUGUGGCCAUAGUGAGGAUGCCAGUGUCAUCUGUUCAGCUGCCCAGUCCCAGCCCACGAUCAGACCAGAUUGGUGGUAUACGACUUCUUUCUAUGGGAAUGAAUCAGGUUUGGCUCUGAGGCUGGUGAAUGGAAGUGACCGGUGUCAGGGCCGCGUGGAGGUCCUGUACCGAGGCUCCUGGGGCACCGUGUGUGACGACGACUGGGACACCAAUGACGCCAACGUGGUGUGCAGUCAGCUGGGCUGUGGCUGGGCCGUGUCGGCCCCGGGAAGUGCCCGCUUUGGUCAGGGCUCAGGGCCCAUUGUCCUGGACGACGUGCGCUGCUCCGGGCAAGAGUCCUACCUGUGGCGCUGCCCCCACAACGGCUGGAACUCACACAACUGUGGCCACGGGGAGGAUGCCGGUGUCAUCUGCUUAGCCUCCCAGAGCACCUCUGCUACCCCAGAUUGGUGGUACCCACAUACUACAACCACUGGGAGACCCUCUUCAAAUUGUGGUGGCUUCUUAUUCAAUGCCAGUGGGACAUUUUUCAGCCCAUCUUACCCUGGAUACUACCCCAACAAUGCUUACUGUGUCUGGGAAAUAGAAGUGAACCCCGGCUAUCGCAUAAAUCUGGGAUUCAACAGUCUGCAGCUGGAGGUGAACAGCAAUUGCAAUUUCGAUUAUGUCGAAAUCUCUGAUGGACCGCUGAACAGCAGUAACUUGCUGGGGAAAAUUUGUAAUGGCACCAGGCAAAUAUUCACCUCUUCUUACAACCGAAUGACCGUUCGAUUUCGAAGUGACAUCAGUAUCCAAAGCACCGGCUUUUCUGCUUGGUAUAACUCCUUUCCUCGAGAUGCCAGCCUGAGAUUAGUCAGUUCAAAUUCCUCCUACGGUGCCUGUGCCGGGCGUGUGGAAAUUUACCACAAUGGCAUAUGGGGGACGGUUUGUGAUGACUCCUGGGACAUUCAGGAUGCCCAAGUGGUCUGCAGACAGCUGCGGUGUGGAUAUGCAGUGUCAGCCCUGGGAAAUGCCCAUUUUGGGCCCGGCUCUGGUCCCAUCACCCUGGAUGAUGUGGUGUGCUCCGGGACAGAAUCUACUCUCUGGCAGUGCCGGAACCGAGGCUGGUUCUCCCAUGACUGUGCCCACCGGGAAGAUGCCGGAGUCAUUUGCUCAGGUGACUGUGCCGUGGGCUCUGGGGGUCCUCAACAUUUUUGUUUCAUCCCGACAGCAAAUUACUCCUGUGGAGGCUUCCUGUCCCAACCAUCAGGGCACUUUUCCAGCCCAUUCUAUCCUGGGAACUAUCCAAACAAUGCCAAAUGCCUGUGGGACAUCGAGGUCCGAAACAACUACCGUGUGACUGUUGUCUUCAGAGAUGUCCAGCUUGAAGGAGGCUGUAACUACGACUAUAUCGAAGUGUUUGACGGCCCCUCCCACAGCUCCCCUCUGAUUGCCCGCGUUUGUGAUGGAGCCAGGCGCUCCUUCACUUCAUCAUCGAACUUCAUGUCCAUUCGCUUCGUCAGCGAUGGCAGCAUCACAAAGAGGGGCUUCCAGGUCGACUACUAUUCCCGUCCUUCCAAUGACAGCACCCAGCUGCUUUGUCUGCCAAAUCACAUGCAAGCCAGCGUGAGCAGGAGCUACCUCCAAUCCUUGGGCUACUCUGCCCGGGACCUUUUCAUUCCCAGCUGGAAUGAAAGCUACCGGUGUCAGCCCCAGAUAACGGCCAGCCAGGUGACAUUCACAAUUCCAUACUCAGGCUGUGGCACCAUCAAGCAGGCCAAUAAUGAUACCAUCAUCUAUUCCAACUUCCUCGAAGCAGCUGCUUCAAAUGCCAUCAUCAAGAGGCAUAAGGACUUCCGCAUUCAUAUCAGCUGCAGGAUGCUCCAGAACACCUGGAUUGACACCAUGUACAUUGCUAAUGACACCGUCGACAUCAAGGAAGUGCAGUAUAGCAGUUUCAACGUGAACCUUUCCUUUUAUACAUCAUCUUCAUUUUUGUAUCCUGUGACCAGCAGUCCGUACUAUGUGGACCUGAACCAGAACUUGUACCUUCAAGCUGAGAUCCUCCAUUCUGAUGCCUCCUUGGCCUUAUUUGUGGAUACCUGUGUGGCGUCCCCAUAUUCCAACGACUUCACAUCUUUGACUUACGAUCUUAUCCGGAGUGGGUGUGCCAAGGACAGAACCUACCAAUCUUACUCUCCGCCCUCGCCUCGCAUUGCCCGCUUCAAAUUCAGUUCCUUCUACUUCCUGAAGCGCUUCCCCUCCGUGUACCUGCGGUGUAAAAUGGUGGUGUGCCGGGCGGACGACUACUUCUCCCGCUGCCGCAGAGGCUGCAUCGUGAGGUCCAAGAGGGACGUGGGCUCCUACCAGGAGAAGGUGGACGUCGUCCUGGGACCCAUUCAGCUGCAGGCCCCGCAGGCUGUGAAGAGGAGCCUGGCCAGGUGGCCGCCCUCCCGCCCCUAGGCCUGUGGCCCGCGGGGACCCGGGAUGAUUCUGUCGGUGUCGUGGUCCACCUCAAAUCGGGCACCCACCGUGUGCCAGGCCUGCUGUGCCACACCGGGUGAUGCAGAGUUCACUAGAUCUGCUUCCCGCCUUCUUCCAUGGGCUCCCGGUCUACAGGGGACCAUGUGUAAUGCUUGGGCAAGAGAGUUCUCCCCCGUGACACCGAUACCUUUGUCCUCUGGGAUCUGAACUCCCAGAACCUCAUACUCCUCAUCUGUAACACAAAAAUGUUAAUACUUCCCUAUUAGGACUGUUGAGGAGCUACAAUAAAAUAAUGUUAAACUGC